CGCAGUUUUGUGUUUUUAUUUUCUUUGGCGAGAAAAGGAAAGGGGGAGGCUGGCUUCUGUGCUGAAAGUUGCAAUCAUCAUUAUUUUGGAGCCAGCAUGUGUACAAACAUAGUCUACGAGUGGCUGAAGACCCUGCAGCUCUCCCAGUACGCGGAGUCCUUCGUAGAUAAUGGCUACGACGACCUGGAGGUUUGCAAGCAGAUCGGGGACCCGGACCUGGACGCCAUCGGCGUUGCCGUGCCCCACCACCGGCGCCGGAUCCACGAGGCCGUGCGGCGGCUGAAGGAGGCGGACGAGACGGCGGCGGGUCUGUACUUCACCUUGGAGCCGCCGCCGCCGCCGCCGGCGCCCCCCGCCGCGGGGCGCUGCGCCCGCCGCAUGGCGGGGCACGACGAGGCCCGGCGCGAGGCGGCUCCCCGGCACCGCCCCGGCGGCCGGCGGGGGGCGCCCCGCGGCGGGGGGCUGGUCGCCUACCCCAAGCUGAAGCUAAAGAUUAUGAUCCGGGACAAACUCAUCCGCGACGGGAUCAACCUGAGCAAACCCCCCUACUCCAACAAGGUAGGAGCGUCCCUCGACCCUGCCGCUCUCCGCUGCGGCCCCGGCGAGGCGCCGUUGCCCCCCCGGGUGCGGCCGUUGGGCGGUGGCGGGGCCGUUGCCCCCCGGGUGCGGCCGUUGGGCGGGGCCGUUGCCCCCCGGGUGCGGCCGUUGGGCCGGGGGCGGGGCCGUUGCCCCCGGGGUGCGGCCGUUGGGCGGGGCCGUUGCCCCUAG